UACGGGAAAGCAGUCUGCGCUCAGUGUCGAGUGGAAAAUUUGAUCAAUUACGCUGUAUCCUAUUUUGCGCCAAACAAGACCAACCGCCAGCGGUACAUGCGAUCCGGGGGCUUCCAGCACGCCAAACAGCAAUAUUCGUUGGAUAUAUUUUUACGUUAGAUGAGAAAUAUACCGAAAAGCAUCGCAAUGAAGCUAUCCGAGAGUAAAUCCGACACAUCAAUCAUCGCCAACCUGUACAAAUCGAUCAACCACAAUUAUCGGAGGCUGUCCAACACGAGCAGCCUUCUGCAUCGGAUUCCGGACAUGGAGAUACCGUCCUUGAACAUAGCCGACGAGUACGACAUCGAGAAGACGAUUGCGGAAGGCUGUUUCGCGAAAAUAUUCCUUGCUCACCACCGACCAACCGGGACCACUGUUGUGCUCAAAGCAAUACACACCGAGCUGACCACACUGAAGGAAUUCAUCAAAGAGUUCCACUACAACUACCAGCUCAGUCACCAUCCGAACAUUCUCAGCUGCUAUCAGGUCAAAUUUCAAACGAAUGAAUAUUACGUCUACGCCCAAGAGCAUGCACCGUUCGGCGAUUUGGCGGCAAAUGUAGGGGCCAACGGGCUACAGGAGUCCAGCUGCAAAAAGAUAGCCGAACAGUUAAGUUCAGCUCUAGGGUUCAUGCACUUGAAGGGGCUGGUUCACAGGGACCUGAAGUUAGAGAACAUUCUAGUAUUUACACCAGAUUUCUCGCGAAUUAAGCUGUGUGACUUCGGAACAACCACCCGCGAGGGCAUUCUAGUCAAUAAGAACAAUAAAACGUGGAUAUCAUUCCUACCCCCGGAAGUAUUAGAGGUUGUGAAAAAUGAAAGGUUCAUCUGCAAAUCGUCGUCUGAUUCGUGGCAGUUUGGCAUUGUACUGUACGUUUGCCUAAUUGGAUCUACGCCAUGGAAGUCCGCCGAUUGGGUGCGUGAUGGCAAGUAUGCGGCCUUCAUGAAGUACCAGAAGCGGGAAACGACAAAAAUUCCGGAAAAUUUCAGACGAUUCACGCCCCGUCUUCUUCGAGCAUUCCGGCGGAUUUUCGACCACAAUGAAGAAGAUCGAGCAAAGGUCAGCGAUAUCAUGAAAUAUAUGAAAAACAAGUGGAUGGACAAUAAGAUAACUACUUCCAAAUCGACUUCCAACAUUGCAAGCAAUACUCAGCAACAGGCUUCCUCCGAUCAGGACUCCAUCAAAUACAUCAACCAUAGGGAAAGUCGGAACUCCUUCGAUGGGAGGCUCCGAGCGCGAAGAAUGACAAGUUUCGGAGGUCUGACACCAGAACCGGCUCCAGUUUCCAGCGUGGAUCAGGACACAAUCCGAAACAAAGUGUGGGAGUGGCUAGAGUCGAACGAUUUGAACCGCCACGACAGCAUGGACGACGUGGUGGACUUUUCUUUUUGGAACAAGAGUGAAUCGAAAUCGUACCAGUAUGCGAAACGGGAAUCGAUUAUUGGUGCAUGUUCAACGACGACCACCGCCAUGACACUGACGACUACGGCGAGAGACACCAGCAGUGCAAGCAGCGGACAUCGCUAUAAAUAGAUUCGCCGCCGUGAAGGGAAACGCGAACUCUCAUGGUCCUUCAGAUUGAUCCGACCCAGACGAGUGCAGUGACGAUGAAACGGCACCCUGUGCAGAACCAACCUUUCCUCAUUAGGUAAAACUGAUCAAAUAUUAACUCCUCCUCAGUCGUCCGAUAGAAUAUAGGUAGUACAUGUGAUUAUAUUAAUUAUAUGUGUGAUAAAGUGAGAAUACUUGAACAUCAGCAAUGUCAUGCAACAGAUCGUAGAUGGUACAACACAGAGAACAUAUAGUUUGUUAGACUUUUAGCAAGGUGAUAGAGUGUUUAGGGCGAUAUUUAUAUUUAUGGUAACGAUGUAGACGGAAAUUGAAUAAAACCAAUUGAAAUGCUAGUCAGAACGAAAAGUUCAACUUGUAAUAAUUGUUUCCAUUAAGUGUUAUGUUGGUAUAAAUGUGGCAAGAGCAGAUAAAAUGGAAUGUAACUAGAAAUAUUAUUCGUAAACGACUUUGAAUUAUACAGAACGGUAGUAUUUUGAGCGCCAUAGAAUUGUUUAUAAUAAAAAAGAAUAAUAUUGGAAAUUGAUAAAUGAAAUGCUUUC